AUGGGCGGCGGUACGUCCAAGGAAGCGCCCAAGCAAGCUGCAGCGGCGUCGACGAUCGAGCCCAAGGCCGGCGGCAACGAGCUGCCCAAGCCGCCCAAGCCUAUCAAGGACCUCAAGCUGUACAUCUCCAUGUUCAAAGACGAUGCACUUGAGCUCUCGCAUGCGUCGGGUUCGGACUUUACGGGCAUGCUCACCACGCACAAACUCGCAGUGCUCAAGCAGGUGCCACCGGAAAUCUUUGUGCUGUGCCACCUCAAGGAGCUCAACGUGAGCGCCAACGAUAUUCACGUCCUCGACCCGGCGAUCGCCAACCUCGAGGCCCUCACCAAGCUCGACCUUUCACAAAACCACCUCUCGGAGCUACCGGAUGCGCUCUGCCAGCUCGCGAAUUUAUCAUCGCUCAUCGUGUCAGAGAACGACCUCGUUGCGCUCCCCAAGACCAUUGGUAACUUGAAGGCACUGACACAAAUCAUCGCCUUUAAGAACGGCAUUACAACGCUACCCGACUCGAUCGAUGGCUGCAUCGCGCUCGAGGAAAUCAACUUCUACAACAACAAGCUCACUGAGCUCGGGCCUGGCUUUUUCAAGCUCGCCAACCUCGUCGAGCUCAACAUCGCUGGCAAUGCACUGACGCAACUCGAAGCGAUACCAAACCUCGUGCGACUCAAACGCUGCGCCGCCUACUUCAACCGCCUUCGAACCUUCCCGGACCUCAACCACUGCAAGGAGUUGACUCAAGUGCAGCUGUACCGCAACCAAUUGAAGGAGCUUCCGGACCUCUCGAACCUCCCGAGCUUGACCGAAGUCGAUGUCAACACGAACUUGCUGCGCCAGAUCCCAGAGUCGCUCUGCAUGGGCAACACGAGCAUGCGCAUGCUCAACUUGCGAAAAAUCGACUUGUGGAGCUUCCCGCCUGCAUCGGGCAACUCACGGCCCUCGAGAUCCUCAACUUGGGCGGGAACGCCAUCAGCUCGCCCGUACCCGACUCGAUCGCGCAACUGCCAGCGCUCGUGUCGUUCCUCUUCGACGACUCGAAUCUGA